AUGCGAUAUGAGCUGGACCCCAUUGGUCCUCGUCCUCGAGAGCCAUGUCACUUUCAUUCAAAUCUUCUUCAGCUCAGUUCGGAGUUCCUUCAUUCCACGGAAACAACCUUUUCACCCUAUUACUUGUUAUUGGGUCUUUCAACAACAGCCUUUUUAAAGUCUCAAACAUAUC